AGAUGUCCCGGCGAAAGCCAUUCAGUGGCGACACUCACUGCCGUUCUUGUCGAUCUCUGGCGAUUACACGGCCGUUCGGUUUUCUUUGACGAGAGUGUGCAAGAGUGUGGGCGACGAGAGAUCGGUCUAACGCAUCGCGAGGUGUUUCGCGAAUAAUUAGUACGGUUUUUUUCCCGUCUGUUUUGACACGAGGAAACGAAGCGCGUUAAUCCCACCGCAGCACGCAGCGAUGUCGGACACACGGCGACGUCGUAAAUCCAAUCAGUCAUGUGGUUCGGACGAUCUCUCGGACUCGUACGAGGAGCUGAACGCGACGAAGGAGACCCAGAGUAGCGAACAGACUGAUGGACAUCAAGAUUCGGAAUGUGACAUUUAUGAAAGCGACUCUGAUGCCGAUUCGCAGGAAGGUGGAGAACAACGUGAGAGCGGGGAUGGGCAAGAAGAGGAAAAACCGCAGAAGAAAUUAGACGACGACGAAGACCGACGUAACCCACAGUACAUACCGAAACGUGGAACGUUUUACGAGCAUGAUGAUCGUACGACCGACGAAGUAACUGAUAAUAAUACAGAACAGCAGACGAAUGUAAAAGAAACCAAGGAAAAGAAGGUGUGGAAGGAUAAAGAAGAUAGGUGGGACCACGACCGAUACAAUGACGAAGAACAAGCUCCAAAGAGACCUGAAGAAUUGAUAGCGACGUAUGGUUAUGAUAUUAGAAAUGAAGAAGGACCACCUAGAGCUAGAAGGAGAAGAAGAUACGGUCGUGGACCAAACAAAUACACGAGGAAUUGGGAGGAUGAAGAUGCUUAUGGAAAGACUAUGCCUAGUAGAGGAAACAGUAGACGUUUUCAGAAAAAUAAUGAAGAUUUUCCUGCUCUUGGUAAUAAUAAGAACACUCCGAGCAAAGUAGAAGAACCUGUGAUUUCGUCGGCUUGGUACAGCAGCAAGAAUAAAACACAGAAUAAAACCCAAAACUUCCCGCCGCUUCAGUCACAGCAGGAUAAUGCAAAAUCUAAGCCUGCUACUUCCUCCAAUGCAUCCACAAACGAAAAUAAAUCAUUGGAUGAAUCCACCAAUACAUCUUGGAAAAAGGACAGUAGACAUGUUACUCAGAAUCAAAGUACAAAUGGAAACACUGGUUCUAGCAGUGACGUGGAUAAAUUAACUAAUAUUAAGCCAUCACCAAGAGAGAAUAACAAAAGGAAUACCCAAGAGUCUGUAAGCUUGAUCGCCAGUAGAACGCGUGGAAGAGGUUUCAAGCCCAAUGCUAAUAACAACAUGGUCACUAACAGAAUAGUUGAGAAUAAAUCGAAGGGACGUGGUCCAGGUCCAGUUACAGUAGAGAAUAGAAGAAAUAAUACUGUACAGCAUAAUGAAGAGCAUCAACUUGCUCACGAUAUGAAACAGCAACUUAAUAUUAAUGAUGGUAGUCAAUAUCAUCAGCCUGCACGACACAACAAAGGUUUUUUUACAUCCUCCAACCAACACAGAUCAAACACAGUACCACCUAGAAUGCAGCAGCAACAGCAGCAGCAGCAACAACAGCAACAAUCACAUCAGCAACAAACACACUCACAACAACAGACAAUACAACAGCAACAACAGGAUAAUUCUGGAAACAGACCUAAACGGUAUUCCAGUCUUCGUCAACGACCUACUAUUUCGGAAACUCCCGCACAACAGAAUUAUCCAUCUCAACAUGCUCAACAUGGGUAUUUUCCACCUCAAGCUGGAAAUUCAAGAGCCGUUCUAGAAUCUCAAGGUUAUCCCCAAGGUCAUUUUGAGCAGUCUUCUCCAGUCGCUCCAGCUGCAGCACCCAUGGCAGGGCAACCUGUUAUUCCUUUACCACCAGGUGGACAAGCUGCUAGUUAUCCGCCACCACCAUUCUUAGUACCACCACCGCAGUUUAUACCACCUCAAACGGCACCUCCUAGUAUAAUUAAUUAUGUUCCUGGUCCAAAUGGCCCGACGUUUCCACCAAACUUUCAAGGUUAUCAAGGAUAUAAUCCUUCCGUGCAGCCUCAGGGUCCACCGCCACCUCAAGAAUUAUUCCAACCGCAAGGGUGUACUUACUACAGUCCCGCGCAGCAGCAGCAGCAGCAGCAACAAACAGCUCCUAUACGGCGACCGAAAGCGGCGAUACCUAUUCUUCCACCACCUGAUAAUCAGCAGAGCGGCAGAGGAAGAGGUAGAAGCACUCAACAGUAUCAGAAUAAUCAAUCUGGUGGUGGUGGUAAUGGGCAACAGACUGAACAAGAAAUCAAGAGUGGAAACGCGGUAGAAAGUGAUGAGAAACCUGUGCCGGGACAAUUCGACAGUGCACAAAUCGAACAGCCGAGCCCAACGCCGAGUCAGGAAUCCCAGAAGAAUCUGGUUCCGGAUACAGUCAGAACAGUGAAUGAUGUAGAUGAAAAGGUAGAGAUGGUCACCAAUGCUGAUAUUCAUAUAAAGAUCGACACGUUACCUGUUAAAAAAGAUAAUCUGGACGAUAACGUUAGUGUUAAAGAACUAUUAGAAGCAACUUCUAACGAAAAGAACACGGUUUCGCACAGUCCAACGACAUUGGCUAGCGUCGAGACUGAAUUAGGUAAUAUCGAAUCUGCAAUUCCCGAAAGUACUAUCGUCGAGAAAGCUGCAGCCUAAAGAGCGUGAUUGUUAUCAUUUGCGCUUCGUAUUCACAUGAUGUUUUCUCCCUCUCGCUAUUUAUCGCGAAUUGAAGAGUCUCGAUCCGCGGAUUAUAUGCGAUGCGCUUGUGCGAAACAUUGCUUUGGAAGCAUCUAGUUCAUUCGUAUACUUAUAAUCGUAUAUUUAUUCUGUAAUGCAAAAGCGCCAUCUUUCGCUAUAGGAUCAGGGACGCAGAAUAAUUAUUAAUCAAGCCAAUUCAUAUUCGGGGAAGUGCGUUAGUGAAUGCACUAUAUUUUAUAACAGAUCAAGGUAUAUUAAAAUUAAAAUGCUCUCAAACGCAGUCACCUACAGUAAACUAAUUAAGCAGUAAAGCUAUUUGACAUAUACAUCGCAACAUAAAGCUUUAAGGCUAUUGAUCCGCCACUAUAGCUAUUUAUAUAUUAUUUUAAAAGAAAAAUCAUAUGCGAUUUAUUUCAUAGUAAGGAAUGUCGUGUGAGAGCGAUAUAAGUGACAGAUCGCGAAUUUGAUAACACAUCCCGUAUAUAUGGAUUUUAAAAUUAAUCUUUAAUAGAAGUCACAGAAAAAUUCUUUAGAUCUAGAUGACGUAUGUAUAAGGAUAGUCACAUCUACUCUCAUUACUAAUACUAUUGUUUUAUGGUAAUUGAUUUAUUUUACCAUUCAUAUAAUUUAUUUUGUGUAAUCCAAAUAAAUUAGUUUUUCACUGAUAUUAGUCUCAUGGAAUGAAAUACCUCGUACGGUAGAACAAACUGAUACACACAAUGUAUUCAUAUAAAUGAAAAAAUUCGUUUUAGUAGAAAAAAAAAGAUUACUGACAUCUGUAUUGGGAAAUUUUCUGCGAUUUUAUUGAAAUUGAUUUUUGCAGAAAGUAAUGAUUCAACAUGACUGCAGUGACGGAUUUGAAGCUUUGAAAGCUCUAUUGAUAAUUGCUUAGGAGUAAAGUUUUUCAAAGACAUUGAUACGCGAAUAAUGUUAUUAAAUAUAAGUUUGAAGCAUGUAAAAAGCGUAUUAACUUAUGGGAAUUAUAAUCCAUAUUUGUAAUAAUAUCUAUAUAAAAUAGCAGUCUCGUAUAAGGCGGUAACGUUAUUAUUGCCUGAAAUAUGAAGUAACGAUAAUUUUUUCAUAUACGAAGUCUACCUAUAACUGGUUACUAUUUAGCGAGGAGUAUUAUCGUGUACCAAUGUAAUAUAUUUGGCAGUUGCGCGAGCCAUGUGACUGUGACGCGAGAUAUAUACAUACAUAUAUAUAUAUAUAUAUAUAUAUAUAUAUGUGUGUGUGUAUAUAUGUAUGUAUGUAUACAUACUUUUUUAAUGUUAUGACUACUUACAGUGCAGAAAUGUUUGUAGUUAUAAUAUUAAUGAAAUAUACUUCAUUGAGUAACAUAAGUGUGCAUCUCUUUGUAUGUAUAUAAAAGUAAUUUUUUUUUUACACGCAAUUGGAAUAAUGUAUUAUUGAUUUUUUCGCCUGCAUUUCUGUACUCUUUUCUCUUAUUUCUUAACUUUGUUCAAAAUGUAGAGAGGCUAACUUAUGUUAGUCUUAUUUUACAGAACAUAGAAAACAUGAGAAAGCAACAGGAAUGAACAGUUGUAAUGUCUAUUCACUUUUCUCAUCCGUAUUACGCGAUGAAUCCUCUUUUAUUAUAUUUUAUUUACAUGUUUUAAGUUUCACAAACUGGUUUUUUCGCAAAUUUUAAUGAAAUAUAAAUCGGUUGUUGUCACAAAAAUUAUAUAGAAUACUUUUUUUUUCUUUUGCGAUAUAUAUUAAGCAUGCAUUUAAAAUCUAACUCAAAUAUACUAGAGUGUUUAAUCAAUGAAGUAAAAUAAUAUUUUGUGACUAUACUGAAAACAGCGAGAGAGCGCAUUGAGGCGAAACGUUCAAUUAAUUUUGCUUCUAAUUCGCCAUGAUUAAUUAUUAUACCUAAGAGUAUUAUUACGGCAAAGCCUUAAACGAUAUUCUAUGGAGAAAAAUGUGUGAAAACUUUCGAUAGAAAUUUAUACAUGGUGAACACUUCUGCGCAAUAAUAAAAAUAUAAAUCUAAGUGGAAACGAAGCGAGCAAAAAAACGUCACAUUCGCUGUAGCAUAUUGUACAGUUUAUAAAAACUAAUACUAUUAGUAAUAACUUUAUAUGACUUUAAGCUUUAAACGUUUAGGAGGGAUUACAUACACUUUAUUAAACUUUGUAGAUAUAUUUUCAUUGAUAUAUCGAAUGUAUUAUAGGAAAAAAAAAAAUACUGCAAGUGACAUGAAAAAGGAGCAUAACUGAAUAUGCUUUAAGUGCCGGAAUAGUUAGAAUAUAAACGCUUUAUAUUCACAUACUUGCGUUUAUUUCUUUGAAAUUUUAUUGUGCGUCUUUUUAGGUCUUCACUUUCAGUUAUUGAUCUGUGAUUGUACAUUGUUAUCUACAUCUAUAUCUACAGUAUAAUAAAGUAAAAUGUUUAAAGCA